AUGAGCAAGAAGCCCAGCAUCUCGCUGUUUGACCACGGCUCCACGGUCAACGUCUGCAUCACCUGUGCAGAUGGCUGUGAGAACCGCAUCGAGGUCGAGCGCAACUGCCUCGGCCGCGAUAUCUGGGACAAGUUCACGUCCGUGUUCGACCUCAACGAGCAGGACUUUUUCGGUCUCGUCUACGAGGUCCCAGCAUCAAGACGAGAUGACAAGACAUCAACCAAGACUGAGUACCAGUGGCUCAUUCUCGACGAACCAGCACUGCCACAGCUCGGCGAACCCGUCCUCACCGAGUCUGCCAACAUGGUGGAGUGGCAACUGUCCUUCCGCAUCAAAUUCUACGUCGGGCAUGAGCAGACGGCGCUCUGGGACGACUACGCCCGUUACCUCUUCUUCCUCCAGCUCACACACGACAUGACCCACGGCCGGCUCAUCGUGGAUGAGGAUGUUGAAUGUGGCGAUUGGAAUGAGGAGAAGCACAGCGACCCACGCUACUUUGUGGAGUACGACCUCGUUCCCGUCAUGUCCCCCAUGCUGGAAGCAGCAAAGCAGCACCACAUCCAGUGCAAGGGCAUGACAACCAAUGCGGCACAGACAGCGUUCAUUGCACUGGCACAAGAGCAACACAUGUACGGUGUGGACCUCUACAAAUGCAAGGACGAAGAAGGGCAACCGCUGACUGUGGGCGUGUGCCCCAUCGGCAUCAACCUCUACCGCCAAUCCUCCAUCAUCACAUACACAUGGAGCCGCAUCAAGAACAUUCAGUUCAAGCGCCGAAAAUUCACGCUGACGUUCCGAAACGAGAAGGAGAAGGGCACUUCCUCCAUCACGGUGUCGUUCAGCUCCAAAGUGACGUGUAAGGCGCUGUGGAAGUCCGCCAUCCAGCACCACACCUUCUUCCGCCGCAAAUCCACGCCAAAGCCCGCCCACAAGCGCCAGCGCAAGGCAGACGCCAUCGCCAUGAGCGUGGGUCCCACACUGCAGGAAGCGUUCCAGAACACCAUCAAGCGCUCGUCAACAACGCCACAAGAAGGAACCCUCAGAUCCCGCCUCUCUGAGGAUGCGUCGCUCACGGUCAACCGUGCCCAGCGCCUUUCUUCCACCAACGUGCUUGGCGAAUCAUACCGGACGGUGGUGUUGCACCGCGAUGCGUCUGGCUUUGGGUUCACUGUGAUUGGCCCUGGCGAGGGCGAGCGACACGCGGGCAUCUACAUCUCAAAGACACACGGCAAAGACAAGUCCAUUCAGCCCGGAGACUUGGUCCUGUCUGCCAAUGGGAUGAACCUGACGCAAGCAACGCUCAUGGAAGCGUUUCAGGCGUUUAACCGCGCAAAGCAAAUUCUUGUCCUUGACGUCGUACACAACUCCGCAGUCUUCUCGAUUGCUUUGCAUGCCUUGAUGUUUCUCUGUCUUCCACACCCACUCACCACACAACAACAACAACAACAACAACAACAACAACAACAACAACAACAACAACAACAACAACAACAACCCAGGCUUUGA